AUGUGGCUGUACCUGCUGGCCCUCGUGGGCCUGUACUACCUUCUGCGCUGGUACCGGGAGAGGCAGGUGGUGAGCAACCUCUCAGACAAGUAUGUCUUCAUCACAGGCUGCAGUUCCGGCUUUGGGAACCUGCUGGCCAGGCAGCUGGACCAGCGGGGCUUGAGGGUGCUGGCCUCUUGCCGCGCUGAGAAGGAUGCAGAGAAGCUGAGGGCCCUGGCAUCAAGCAGGCUGGAGACCGUGCUUCUGGAUGUCACCAAGACAGAGAGCAUCGCUGCGGCCACCCAGUGGGUGAAGGAGCGCACAGGGCACAGAGGACUCUGGGGCCUGGUCAAUAAUGCUGGCAUCAUUGCACCCUUUGUCCCGAAUGAGUGGCUGACCAAAGAGGACUUCAUGAAGGUCCUGGACGUGAACCUGCUGGGGGUGAUCGAGGUGACCCUGAGCCUGCUGCCCCUAGUGAGGAAGGCGAGGGGCCGCGUGGUCAAUGUCUCCAGUAUCCUGGGCCGCGUGUCCCUUUUUGGAGGGGGCUACUGCAUCUCCAAGUUUGGCCUCGAGGCCUUCUCGGACUCCCUCAGGAGGGAGCUCUCCUUCUCUGGGGUGAAGGUGGCCGUGAUUGAGCCUGGUCACUUCAGGACUCAGAUGACACGUCUUGAAACAGUUACUGGAAACAUCCAGAGGACAUGGGAUCGGGCCAGCCCCGAGAUCAAGGAGCUCUAUGGGGAGAAGUUCCUGGCAUCCUACUUGAAAUCAGUUGAAAUGGUACACUCAAAGUGGAGUCAGAGUCCGGUCACUGUGUCAGACUGCAUGGAGCACGCCCUGACCGCCUGCCACCCCCGCACCCGAUACUCAGCCGGCUGGGAUGCCAAGUUCCUCUACAUCCCUAUGAGCUACUUGCCGACCUUUCUGGUGGACGCCAUGUUGACCUGGUUCUCCCCAAAGCCUGUGCCAACUCCAGGGAAGGCUGUGUUCUGAGACCCAGCCGCAUCCUCAGGCCGCAGGAGAGCCACUAGACGCUCGUAGACCAUCAAUAAGCCAGAAAGUACAGACCAAAGAACACUCUGUGUCGUGACGUUCAUCUUUGAUUCUUUAUUGUCCAAAGAUGCACCUGAGGCCUCUGAUUUACUUUAUGUAAAUGUAAUAUGGAGCCAGUUCUCCACCGUUGCUGACUUUCCCAACUGGAUCUGAAGUUAAAAUAAACCCGU